AUGGGUUCUAUCAUAGCUGCUUUAUUAACUACAUUUAUUAAUUCUUUUGUUGUAGGUAGACUGUCUAAUUUUUUGGUUGGUUUUGAAAGUUAUGAAACAUAUUCUCUAUAUACAGUUUCAUUAGCUUCAAAAUUAUCAUUAAUGUUAUUUGUUAAUUCUGCUAUAAUUGCAUUUUUAGCAAGUACAAUAUAUACUCGCAAUUUAUUUGGUCCUGGUGGACUUAUUUAUACAGAAACAUACUUUUUUAUGACUAAUGCUAUAAUACCUCCAAUUGUAACAUUAGUUGAUCCAAAUAGAAUUAUUAAAUAAUUAAAAUUAUGGUGGAUUAAAAAAUUUAAUUAAGUUGUUACUUAAAAAGAAUUAAAUGAUUUAUAUGAACAUAGUGAACAUUUAAUUGAAUUAAAGUAUGCUGAUAUUAUGAAAACUUUAUUUAUUACCUUUUUCUAUACUCCAUUAACCCCUGCUGGAUAUAUUACAAGUUUUGUUGGUUUAGCAUUGUAUUAUUGCGCAGAAAAGGUAAUAAAAUUAAAUAAUUUUAGUAUGUAAUUUGUAAUAGAAUGUCUGUAAAGCAUACUCCAUCAAUUUAAUUAUCAAUAUUAAUGACAGAAAUGAUGGAAUAUCUACCAAUUAUUUAUGCGGCUGGAUAUUUAAUUUUUAAUUAUCAAAUAACUGGAACUACAAGUUAUUGGGCUAUUGCAUCAAUUUUAGUUUCCUUUCUAAGUUCUGUAUUACCAAUGUAAUAUUUUGUUGAAAGUUUGUUCUAGUAGGAAGAAUAGGAUGAAACUACUUCAUUUAAUGAAGCAAAAGUUAAUUUCUCUACGUCUUAUUCCUUAUAAAACCCUGUUAAUAAGUAUAAUAAUAAACCACUUGAAACUAUUUAGAGUUAAAUAAAAUCUAAAAGUUAAUCAUAAAUUUGA